CAUUGUAAGGCGGCGCCGUCUUGGGUGAGUCCGGGAUCUCAUCUAAUCUGGUCCCCCUCUUUUUUAUCCCAGGAGAGAGAAGGGGGAUCCAGUCACCACGUAGGUACGCGGUUGUGCCGGGUCACCACGCAAUCCGCGACCCAAUCUGCGUCUCUCUUUUUUAUCCCAGAGCGAGAGAGAGAGAGAGAGAGAGAGAGAGAGAGAGAGGUGUCUGUGCAAAAUGGAAAGAAGCCCACAUGAAGGAAAAGCUAUCCGAUGCAAAGCUGCAGUUAGCAGGAAUCCAGGAGAGCCUCUAGAAAUGGAGGAGAUUGAAGUAGCUCCACCAAAAGAUUGGGAAGUCCGAAUCAAAAUCGUAUGUACAUCUCUCUGCCACAGUGACAUAACCUAUUGGAAAAUGAGAGGCGCUCCUGGUAUUUUCCCGAGGAUUUUCGGACACGAGGCAGUCGGAGUUGUGGAGAGUGUUGGGGAGAAGGUGGAAGACAUGAACAGCAGCGACAUCGUAGUUCCGGUGUUCCUAUCACAUUGCCUGGAAUGUGUUGACUGCAAAUCGACAAAGAGCAAUGUCUGUUCGAAUCACCCAUUCACCGUCAUGCCGGGGAUGCGUGACGGAUCCAGUCGAUUCACGGACGCAAGAGGGGAGAUUGUGCACAAUUUUCUCAGGGUGUCGAGUUUCAUUGAAUAUACGGUGGUAGACGUAAUCAAUGUAGUGAAAAUCGAUGCCGGAAUCCCGCCGGAGAAGGCAUGCAUGCUCAGCUGUGGAGUCUCUACUGGAGUAGGGGCUGCUUGGAAAGUAGCCGGAGUGGAAGCGGGUUCCACAGUUGCGAUUUUUGGGCUGGGUGCCGUUGGACUUGCGGUUGCAGAGGGAGCAAGGCUUGUGGGAGCUUCUAAAAUUAUCGGUGUGGAUUCAAAUCCUGAAAAAUUCGAGAUCGGGAAGAAAUUGGGAGUGACCCAUUUCAUUAAUCCAACAGAUUGUGAGGAUAAACCUAUCAGUGAGGUGAUUAAAGAAAUGACUAGUGGUGGUGCUGACUAUUCCUUCGAGUGUGUCGGUUUGGCAUCCGUGAUGAUGGACGCAUUCGCCAGCUCCCGGACCGGUUGGGGUAAAACCAUCAUCUUAGGCGUAGAAAUGCACGGCUCGCCGAUAAGCAUCAACCACGCAGAGAUUUUAAAAGGAAGAACCAUCACAGGCUCGUUGUUUGGAGGAAUCAAAGCCAAGUCCGAUAUUCCACUCCUUGUGAAACGGUACAUGGACAAGGAGCUUCAUUUAGAUGAGUUCAUCACGCAUGAGGUGGGGUUCAAGGACAUAAACACAGCCUUUGAUCUGCUCAUCCAAGGGAAGAGCCUCCGUUGCAUUAUAUGGAUGGAUCGAUGAGUGGGCCAUCUCUUCUCCUACGCUUUGAUUUUAUGAAAAAGGAUAUAAUACACCGUUAGAGUAGAAGUAGCCAUACGCAAGCUCUCAGCAACAUGUACGGGAAUCCAUACGUCCAAAUAGUGGGACGCACUCUAAAAUUAGACUUGUUGAAUGGUGAUUGGUCCCCAAUCAGCUAUUUAUGAUCAUCCAUUCAGUGUGAUUUUCGGAUCAUUACUGCAUACAGUGCAUCCCACGAUCUGGACGGUUUAGAUGGAGACACGUGUAUGUCACGCAUACAGCAGCUUAGUGCACGAGUAUGGGUUGUCACUCUCUGCCCGAGUAUCAUAGUUCUUUUCUAUUUAAUAGAGGUGAAUAAUAACGUGAAGAAAUAAGGGUCAAUGUCAUUAUUACGUUGCGAGAGUACAGAGCAUUUGGUAGAAUCUCAUGAUUAAAGAGGACAUCAUCAAUUGUACUCAUCAUGAUUCAUCAUCUAGUGUAAGUGGCCCACUUUUCAGUGUUCUGGAGAA